UCAUGUAAGAUGGCGACCUCCAUACGGAACCGUGUGUAAAUCGUACUUUUUCCUUAUUUCAGUCAUGACAGCUUUCCAGAUUAACAAACAAAAACGUGCAUUACUAUAGCACACGUCCAGAGUUCGUGAAUGAGGCUGAAAGGUCUUUUCUCGUUAGUAAAACCACAUUUACCAUUGACUUUUGGCUUUACGACUAAAAAUAGCGAUUUAAUUUUUACAAAAUUGUACACCGUGUGCAGAACGGGUGUUCAAGGAACAUACAGUGCUAGAGGAUUUACAGAGGAGUUGAUUAAGCAAGACAUGGAUGCAAGGGACAUAGAUUCCACUUCCAGGCGAAAUGAUCACCGACAUCAUCAUGGUCGAGAUAAGAAUAAAAAGUAUAAAUUCCAAGACCCGAAUCACUCCCUUGAAGAAUACAAAGCAACCUUGUCGAAAAGAGGGCUGAAGAAGUUUGAAAGAAUGGAGAAAUGGAAGAACCGUGACAAGAAGCCUAAGUCUAAAAAGCUGAAUGCCCCUGAGCCAGGAUUUGCUGCUGAUCUGUAUGAAGAAACUGAAUACUACUACGAGAAUGGUUUGAGGAAGGUGUACCCCUACUACUAUCGUUCACCUCGUUAUGUGAAACAGCGCUGGCUGGGUAGGACCAUCCUGGAUGUCAUCAAGUCAGAGUUCAAGGCAUAUUCAGAGGAGGAUUACAUCAAUGCAAUCAGCAGUGGCAACCUGACUGUCAAUGGUAAAAGGGUGCAAGGGGAUUACAUUCUGCGAGACAGUGAACUAAUAGCACACAAGGUCCACAGACAUGAGAACCCUGUUGUGGGCUGUGCCAUUGAGGUAAUUGCAGAAAAUGACGACUUGAUCGUCAUCAACAAGCCAUCCUCCAUUCCAUGCCAUCCCUGUGGCAAGUACAGACACAACUCCGUUGUUUUCAUCCUGGGCCAACAGCUGGGCUGCUCUAAUCUGAGGAACAUCUACCGACUGGACAGACUGACGUCUGGGGUGCUCAUUAUGGGGAAGACAUCCCAGAAAACAAAGGUGUUGGAGGACCAGGUGUUGAAGAGAGAAGUCCAGAAGGAAUAUGUCUGUCGAGUGGUUGGCAAGUUUCCUGAUGGGAAGAUCGAGUGCCGCGAGCCUAUUGGUGUCAUCUCCCAAAAGCUAGGGCUGUUCCGAGUGAGACCUGAUGGGAAGCUGUGCCACACAACGUUUGAGAGGCUCAGUUAUAACGGCACAUCCAGUGUGGUUAGAUGUGUGCCUCACACUGGGCGGACCCAUCAGAUCCGGGUACAUCUACAGUUCGAAGGGCAUCCUAUCACAAAUGACCCGUUCUACAACAGUGAGGCCUGGGGUCCUAACAAGAACAAGGGAGGGGUGAUGGAGCGGACAGAUCAGGAGGUAUCUGAUAGAAUGCUGGAGCUUCACAACAUAGGCCACUGGACCGAUGGUGCAAACCCUCUCUACGAAGAGAGACUGAAGGAAAUAGCUGAUGCCGCCAAGCUGGAAGGGGAGACUGUGGAUUGUAUUGAUACCAGCAAGUCAGGCGCUGAAGGGGCAGGCUGUAGUGGUGUUGAUGAGAGACAGGCUGUUGGUGAACAGGGUGAGGAACCGCCGGUCAAGAGACCAAGAACUGAUGAGUCCCCCUGUCCUUACAUACCACCCUUUGACAGGAAGAAGUGGAUCCCAGAUCCAAGUUGUUCCAGUUGUCGGCUGAAGUAUGUUGACCCGAGGAAAGAGGAGCUAGUCAUGUACCUGCACGCUCUCAAGUAUGCUGGCCCUGACUGGGAAUACAGCACACCAUUACCAGACUGGGCCAAGGAAGACUGGCAGGACCACUGAUUCCAUCUGUGUUAGGCUCAUGGUCUGGAUGUGGUUUUGGUGUCUACUUGUGUCUGUUGUCAGAUGGACGUGGUAUGUGUGCAUCAAUUUGUGUCUGAUCUCAGAUGGACGUUGUGUGUGUGUCUGUCUGUCUACUUGUGUCUGCUGGAUGUGGAAUGUGUGCAUCUGUUUGUGUCUGAUGUCAGAUGGAUGUUGUGUGUGUGUCUGUCUGCCUACUUGUGUCUGCUGGAUGUGGAAUGUGUGCAUCUGUUUGUGUCUGAUGCCAGAUAGAUCUGUUGUGUAAGAUUACAGAUACAUCAACUUAUGACAAGAAACGCAAUUAAAUUUUGAUUGUGAAUAAACAGUGCCAUUUAGAAAGUGGUCAAAUGUAACAUGUUAUAUUUGAGAUAACACUUUCUCAGUAAAGUACAUAUCUUAGUGCUUUUGUUGGGUUGUGGCCCAUCCGGGAUUCGAACCCACACCCUCAGCAUCAGCCGCCUAACGUGUUCAGCCACCGCGGCCUCCAGUUUACUAAGAAUGUGUAAUUCCAAAUAUAACGUGUUAAAUUUUGAUUAUGUGGGAUUUUUAUGGAAAUGAAAGAAAGACAGACCUCUGAUACAGAUGUAUAUAGAUCCCAAAAUUUGGACUGUUCUUAUUGCUGGGAUGGGGAGGGAGGGUUGGGGGAAUAGUGGGUAGGAUUGUUCUUAGUACCUGUAUCAUAUUUUAUUAAACAUUUUGCAUUACCCGC